UGGUGUUCAAAGAUAUCAUGUUCAUAUUAUUGGCACCAGAUUCAAACUUAUCAGGAAAGGUUUUCUUAAAUAGUACUUGUACAUAACAGUCAUUAUUUUAUUAGUAUCUACUGUCUCAAUCAUUAGCACGAUCAGCUAGUGAACAUCGGCUCAUUCUUUGUCGUCGGGCCAGCUCCAUUCAUUGUCUGCAUCCCGCAUGCCCUACUCACAGAAACUCAAAGCUCUUCUCAUUGACCUCAAUGGGACUCUUCAUAUCGGCUCGGAGAGCACGCCUUCGGCGGUCAAAGCCAUUGAGCGAUUACGAUCCGUCCGUAUACCCUUCAUAUUCUGUUCCAAUUCAACCAAAGAAUCUUCAGCAAGCUUGUUAGACAAACUGAAGAAGAUUGGGUUUGAUGUUAAGAAGGAAGAAUUGAUGACAAGCCUGAGUGCAUGUCGAAUGAUUGUUGAGGAGAAAGGGUUAAAACAUCCUUUGCUCUUAAUGUCACCAUCAGCCAAAGAAGAGUUUUCAACCCUUCCGCCUUCACAAGGUAUAAAUCAUGAUGCUGUCAUUCUUGGGCUCCAUCCCGACUCCCUUUCAUACGAGCACCUUAACAAAGCCUUUCGCGUCUUAAAAGGCGAGCCACUUUCUUCUCAAGAGAAGAACAAUUCGACAGGAGAACACAGACCAGUCUUGAUAGCCCCCCACGCCUCCAUGUUUAUGCAAGAUCCGGGGUCAUCGUCAUUUCCACCUGGCUUAUCGCUUGGUAUAGGUCCAUUUGUAAGGGCCUUGGAGGAGGCAGCCAGCGUGAAGGCUGAGAUCGUAGGAAAGCCAACCAAAGGCUUCUUUGAGUUGGCUUUGGAGAAGUUGAAAGAGUUGAGUGGAGAGGAUUUUGAACGGAAUGAAGUAGCGGUAGUAGGUGACGACGUGGAUAAUGAUCUCGGAGAAGGCGCCAGAGAGCUUGGACUAAAAAGGAUACUAGUGAAGACAGGAAAAUAUCGGACUGAUGUAGAGAAGAAAAUCGAGCAUCCUCCCGAUACGGUGUAUGAUACGUUUGCGGCGUUCGUGGACGACCUGUUAUGAAUUCUGCAGAUGCCUGACAAUAGAGGAGCUGUUCUUCAGGGCUGAUCGUUCUUCCAAUCACAUCAUCUUGUUGCGGUUGUAUCACAUGUCAAUUUGGCCACAAAUAAUGCUACCCAUAAUCACAUUAGUUGACGAUCCAGUGACCAAUGUCGUCAACAAAUAAAUACUCAAUGAACAGGGGUAAAAUGAGUAACAGAUGGUGCUAAGUUUGUAUAGCAAAGCUGAGAAUAACUUGGCAUUCAAAA